ACUCGGUUUGUAAAUCACACAACUUGCUAUCCUUGCUGCAGAUGGAUGUUUGUGGGACUUUGGAUAAAAAUGUUCUUCCAUCAAUAGUGGAGGAUCGAAUAGUGUCAUCUUUGUCAUUGCCGCCUGUUGGUGACUCAAUCAUUAUAAAUCAACACAACAAUGAUGACACGUUACUGCCUAUUGAUUCUGAAAACCUGCCAAACCAACAACAUGGUGUCGACAAGGAAACUGUGACAGGUGAUCCAAACAUCCAGAAUGUGGGAUCCAGCUUCAGCAGUGAGUCCUCAGAGUCCUCUAGAGACAGUGAUGGAGAAAAAGAAACAAACUCUAAUGUCGAUGAGUUGCAACGGACUAACUCAGAAGAGCCAAGUGUGCCGUCAUCCACCGAUGAUGCUCAUAGAGGUGAUUUAAUUUUUCAGACAGCUGUGCCUCUCCAAAUGCCCUCUCUUGACACCUUCCCAAACACACCUUCCAAAGGCUUCCACUAUGCAGGCAGGACUGUACAUAAAUGUCAGCAGUGUACAAAAUACUUCAUCUAUCGCUCUGAUCUUGUCAAGCACCAGGAAAUUCACACCCAAGCGGGGACCCAUGAGUGUCCUCAGUGUGGGCAGGUUUUUGACGAUUCAGCGCAGCUGGUGUCACACAGGAGCACCAACUGCAAUUCCAGAGUUUUUAAGUGCAUCAAAUGCACAGCCCACUUUAGAUCCCUCAGGACCCUAUACAGGCACAACCGAGUGCACAAAGAGAAGAAAACCACACAUAAGUGCCCUGAAUGUGGACGGCUGUUCACUAGUCUGUCCCGAUUAGUCGGUCACCGGCGAACUCACCGAACUCCCACUGUUAAAAGGAACUACACCUGUAAACAAUGCAACGAGACUUUCGGGUCGUACCGAGCCAGUGUAAUCCACCAGAAGAUUCACAAAGUUAAAGACGUCCGCCUUUCUAAACCGGAACAGCAGCCAGGAAAGUGUCGUUUUUGUGACUUGACAUUCAACAUUGACAGCGAAUUAAGAAGCCAUCUGAAGACCCAUGCAGAGUUCAGGCCGUAUAUAUGCGACCAGUGUGGGAAGUGCUUUUCGGCGAACAGCAGCCUGCUUGCCCAUCUCUCAAACCACACGGGUGAGAAACCUCUCCUUUGUUCGCAAUGUGGAAAGCGAUUUUACAGCAAAAUCCAAUUAAAAUCUCACAUGAGAUGUCAUUCUGGUGAGCGGCCGCACGUCUGUCCUUACUGCGAGAAGCAGUUUUCACUGUCUGGGAAUUUGAAGAUCCACAUCAGAAUUCACACCGGGGAGAAGCCGUACGUUUGCCAUCAGUGCGGAAAGGGUUUUGUCUCUGCCGGAUGCCUGCAGGUGCAUCUGCGCUCUCACACAGGAGAGAAGCCGUAUCAAUGUAAAAUCUGUGGCAAGAAAUUUGUUGUUUCGAGUCACCUGACGGCGCACAUGUGCUUUCACACCGGAGAGCGUCCACACUGCUGCUUGCAGUGUGGGAAACGAUUCAUCCGACGUUAUGACUUGAGCAAGCACAUGUACACUCAUAUUGGGAAGAGGCCGUUCCCAUGUCCUCUGUGCCCAAAGGCUUACACGUGUCGUACACACCUAAACAGGCACAUGAAGAGCCACAGUGUUUGACUUGAAUCAUUUUGUCAUCCUGAGUGCCUUGUGUGGAGUGAAAUCAACCAUGAUCUUUAAAGCAAUAGUUCCCCCAAAAAACUUUUUUUUUUAAAGAAUUCUCUAAAAAUUACAUUAUUUACUCACCCUCAUGACCUGAGUCCAUGUCUACACCCAUAUUCUGUUUUUUUUCCCUGUGGAACAGAAUGACUUUUUAGAAGAAUCUUUACGCAAGUGUUUUCCAAUUGACAGUUCAUUUUAAGCUCUAAAAAUUACAAAAACUAAAAAAGACAGGAUUGUAUUAAUAAAAUAGUCCUUACAGCUUAUGCACUAAAUUCCAAGUCUUGUGAAGUCAUUUUACUCAUUUGUGCGAGUAACAAAUUGAAAUUAUUGUUUUCAUGCCCUUCUACUGAGCUAUUAACUGUGACCGUAUUGAGUCGGUUAGAAAGAAGGGGAGAAUUACAACUGAAUAACAACUUAAGUUUGCUCUGUUUCCCACACAAAGCUGUUAUACAACUACAGAAUACUUGCAGACAUAGAGUAAAUAACUACAUCAUUUUUGAUUUGGGGUGAACUAUCUCUUUUAAUUAAAACAUGUUUCAACUUUGUGUCCUGCCAAGCUGAUGUCCUUGAACUUGUGAGAGCUGCAGUUGUUUCAUUACAACAGUCAUUUGAAGAACAGCUGCAACAUUUUCUUGCAUUACUGAUGUGUAAAACAGUUUCGUGUUGUGGAUAUUUUCUCUAGAAUAUAGAUUUGGAGCCCACUUUUUUUCUUUUAGAUUUAGGUUUUUCUAAGAUAAUUUAAAGCUAGAAUUAUCCUCAGUUAGCAACUAUUAAUGAAAUAUGCUGAAUAUUAAUAUGAAUAUACUAAACAGAAACAAUGUGUUGACAUGACUUAAA